UUAUUUCAUUGUUUCAUAUUUUAUAACCAGUUACAUCUGAUACUUUAGUUAAAGCUCAGAGUGCUUAUUAUUAAACUAAUCAAUUAACCCAAUUCUGAUUUUAAAAAAAGACUUACAAUCAAAAAUAUCUGUGAUUGUAGACUAUAGUCACAAUAAUCAACCGACGUUUACUCAAAAUCAUCGAAUUGAAAUGAUUGGACUGUUUGAAGCAUCAACUGAUUCUCGUCUGUUAACAAGAUCAUGUGGAAAUUGUAGUCUUCAUGCAAGCCAUCGAAGUCCCAUUGAAGAAAUAAAAAAAGUACCAAUAACUAAAAGACAAAUUCUUUGUCUUAUCGCUUUGGCUUAUGGUAAUUUUUGUGUUGCUGCCUGUGUUUCGCUUCAAGCGCCAUUUUUCCCCGCAGAAUGUGACAUCAAAGGAGUAUCUUCCCUAGUUUAUGGCCUGAUUUUCGGUAUCUAUGAAUUAGUUAUAUUAGUAGCCAGUCCAAUCUUUGGUAAAAUGUUUGCCUACGUUACGCCCAACUUCUUUCUUGAAGCAGGACUGUUUUUGGCUGGAGGAACCACUGUACUUUUUGGGAUUUUAGACAAACUAUCAGGACCAUUCGAAUUCACACUAUUUGCGUUUAUCCUGAGAAUAUUUGAAGGAGCCGGAGCUGCUGCUUUUCUUACAUCAUGUUACACGAUUAUGCCAUUGGAGUUUCCCGAACACAUUUCAUUUUUAUUUGCUCUAUUGGAAACCUUUUUUGGACUGGGGUUAAUAGUUGGUCCUACGGUUGGUGGUGCACUUUUCGAGCUUGGUGGAUAUAUCAUGCCUUUCGCCACUUUGGGGAGUUUGAUGUUAUUGGGUAGCUUAGUCAGUAUCAUCCUUUUACCCAAAUCAGGUGACUACACACAAAGUAAAUCACCCAGUGUAUUCUCGUUUCUCUGUGACGCUGGAACGUUACUAGAUGUUCUUACCAUUGCUGGUUGUCUCAAUCUUAUUGGAUUCAAUGCUGCUACACUAGAACAUCAUCUACGCCAAUUUAGUCUCACCCCUACUGAAAUUGGGUCUAUAUUCAUUAUAACUGGGUCAGUUUACGCUUUGACCAAUCCUUUAUGGGGUAAAUUGGGUGAAUACAAGUUUGAUGCACGAUGGAUGGCAAUCAUAGGAACAGCUAUCAAUAUUGUUGGUUUAUUAUUCAUGGGACCAGUGGAUUUCCUUCCUAUUCAGCCUAAACUUUGGUUAGUAAUAGUAUCAUUAAUCAUCGUUGGAGUUGGAAUGGCUGCUAAGCAAGUUAGCGCUUACAUAGCUUGUUUGAAUGACACCAUAAACCGUCGCGGUUAUCCGAAUGAAACUUCAACUUAUGCUCUGGUUUCUGCGGUCAAUUUUUCCUCAUGUUCAGCAGGCGCCUUUGUCGGGCCUACAGUUGGAGGCUAUCUUCUUGGUACCAUUGGUUAUAGAGGCUCAACUCAAGUUAUUCUGGGAUUCGAGAUGCUUACGCUCUUGCUUCACAUCAUUUAUAAAAUAUAUGGUCCCAAACCCUCGAUCUAGUUAUUUUAUUUUAAACUAUUAUCAAUAUAUAAUUCAAUUAUUAAGUGGUCUAUCUUUUUUUGUUCAAGAAAAUAUUUAUUUUUAAAAGUGUUCUCUGUUUCACAACUAAUAAACAUCUCUAAUUUUUUUGCAUUGUGACUAAAUUGUCUCAUAAUUCACAUUCAAUAAACAUAAUUAAAUAUUUA